ACAGACCUUGGUGGCACAAACUAUCACAAAGUUUUAACUAGCAAAUACCAUGGUAACCAUUAAUUCUACAUGUGUGCUGCUGCUUUGACUGCAUGACUUUGCCAGAGAACAAACUAAAGGUUAACAUUGAAUACAUCAGCUCAGACAGAGGAGACUGAAUAUUGAUGUAUCCUGUCCUGCCCUCUUUUUCUACCAAUGGCUAAAUAUGAUGGCUCCGUGAUAGGUGUUGGUGAGUUCCUGAUGUAUAUGAAGGUUACUCUCCUGCUUCUCUGGCUGAAAGUAUUCCUCUUCCUUCCUGGAUGGCCCCAGGUUGGGCACUCCCAAAGACUUGGCCCCCCAGAAGUGGUGAUUCCCCUGAGGGUAACACCCACUGGCAGAGGCAUGAAGCUUCAAGGCUGGUUCUCUUACAAACUAUAUUGUGGGGGCCAGAGACAUGUUGUUCAUAUAAAGGUCAAGAAGAAUUUUUUGUCCAAAAACCUCCCAGUGUUCACCUACACAGACAAGGGUGUUCUCCUGGAAGACCAACCUUUUGUCCAGGAUGACUGUUAUUACCGUGGUUAUAUGGAGGGGGACCCAGAGUCUCUGGUUUCCCUCAAUAACUGCUUCGGGGGCUUUCAAGGCAUGUUACAGACAAAUGACAUUGUUUAUGAAAUUGAACCCAAAAGGUUUUCUACUGCAUUUGAGCGUCUAAUAUAUAAGCUAGACAAUGAGGAGACAAAAUUUUCAUACAUUAGAUGUGGGUUAACAGAUGAAGAAAUAGCAGGACAAUUGAAGUUUCAAGAAAGCAUUAAUCCCACUUUGAUGCAAAGUGAAUAUACAGGCUGGUGGACCCACAAGUAUUUUCUUGAAGUUGGAGUGGUCGUAGAUCACUCUCUAUAUCUUUAUCAUAAAAGUAAUGAUACGCUUGUGCAGAAAGAAGUGUUUCUUGUUUUAAAUGGAGUAAGUGACCUUAUGAAAGCACUGGAUCUUGAGGUACUUUUCAAGGGAAUGGAGAUAUGGACUAAAGAAAGCCUUAUUGCAGUAGAAAAUAUUGGAAGUGCCUUGGGUAACUUUUGCAAAUGGAAGCAAAAGGGCUUCCAGAAACGUGUGCCCCAUGAUGUGGCACAUAUUUUUCUAAAAAAGAAUUAUGGUAUCAUUCUUGGCUUAGGUUAUGUUGGAACAGUGUGUUUACUUCCUUAUAGCUGUGGAGUUGAGACUCUCCCAACUGAUAACACUUUUCUUUCAUCAUAUAUUGUGACUCAUGAGAUGGGUCAUAAUUUGGGUAUGGCGCAUGAUGAUCCCAAAAUAUGUAAAUGUGGAGCAGCAAAGUGCAUAUUGUUUCCAUAUGUAGCAUCAACAACUAAAUUCAGCAACUGUAGCUUUGGUUAUUAUUGGAACCUUGGUAAAAGAAGACACUGUUUGUUCACGUCACCAGGUCCACAGGCACUCCUCAGGGAGACACGCUGCGGGAACAGUGUGCUUGAAGAAGGAGAAGAGUGUGACUGUGGAUCCUUACAGAUGUGUGAGUCUGAUCCCUGUUGUCAGUUAAACUGCACUCUAACCGUUGGUAUCAGCUGUGCUUUUGGGCUUUGUUGCCUUAACUGCCUCUUCAGGCCAUCAGGCACCAUGUGUAGGAAAGUAGAAAAUGAAUGUGAUCUUCCAGAGUGGUGCAAUGGGACAUCCCAUCAGUGUCCAGAAGAUGUGUACCUGCAGGAUGGGACCUCCUGCACAGGCGGUGGUUACUGCUAUGAAAAGAGAUGCAAUGACCGCAAUGAACAGUGUAGGGAAAUCUUUGGCAAAGAGGCCAAGGAUGCAAACGUGAGUUGCUACAGGGCAAUGAAUACCCGAGGUGACCGUUUUGGUAACUGUGGUAUCACAGCCACCUCAUACGUAAAAUGCAGCAUGUCAGACAGCCUGUGUGGGAGGAUUCAGUGUGAGAAUGUGAAAGAAAUUCCCCUAAUGAAAGAUCAUACUACUCUGCAUUGGACUAAAUUCAAUAAUGACACCUGCUGGGGUACGGACUACCACCUCGGGAUAAGAACGCCUGAUAUUGGUGACGUGAAAGAUGGUACAAAGUGUGGUCCCACAGAUGUCUGCAUCCAGAGGAGGUGUGUCUCUUUUUCCACUGUUCCCCGUUCCUGCUCACCGCAGCUCUGCUCUUUGAGGGGGGUCUGCAACAACAGACAGCAUUGCCACUGCAACUCCGAGUGGGACCCUCCCAACUGCCAGAAAAAAGGUAGAGGGGGCAGUGUGGACAGCGGCCCGCCCCCUGCCCCCAAGACAGAAGAGAAGGACCCAGAAAAAUUAGAUCGAGAAUUAAAAACUAUGGAACUGAAAAAUAAACAUAAAAACUGCCAUUAA